AAAACAGUUGACGUAACACGGAAGUUACUGUUUCUUAUGGAGGGAGGGUUUCAGCAAAGAACUUCUAAUAUAUCCGUAGACCGGCUUUGGUGUCAGUAAUUCAGAGUGACCAUUUGAAUAAUAACUUGAAUUAGUUGUGGAGAGGAACAUUACACAGCAAGGAAAUGAAACGGUAUAUUACAGUUGUGUUGCAGUUUUUCUUGGCGGGGCACAUCAAUAGUUGGGAUGAUGGCAGCGUGCUGCUGCGGGACGUCCAGGUGUUGACUCUGUACAGGGGUCGCUAUACCACAGCGAGGCGCUCCAGCCCAGUGCCUCAGCUCCAAUGUGUUGGAGGCUCUGCGGGAUGCCAGGCCUUCGUCCCAGAGGUGAUCCAGUGUCAGAACAAAGGCUGGGAUGGAGUGGAUGUACAGUGGGAGUGUAAGACUGAUAUGGACAAUGCCUACCGAUUUGGUCGCAUUGAGGUGAGCUGUGAGGGCUACAGUCACCCUGCUGAUGCCUACGUACUAAAGGGCUCCUGUGGGCUGGAGUACACAAUGGAACUGACCGCAGAGGGCCAGAGGACGAAACAGGGCAGCAGGGGUUCCGACAGUGGAUUCAAAGGAUUUGGAGAUCUCGGGGGCUUUGCCUCCAGUUUCUUCAGCGGUUUCUCUGGAAACAAGCAUCAACGUCACCAGCACAGCCAGCAUAGCCACCAGAGCUCGUACCCCUCAGGCAGCGAGGACUCAGGAGGCCUGCUGGUGGUCGCUGUGCUUCUGGUCUUAGCCUACGGCGUCUACAAGCUGUUCCUCAGCGGGAACACAGCCCAGUCGGGGCAGGACAGCGGACAGGCUGGUUACCCCAGAGAUAAUCACUAUGGCUCGACCGCAGGACCACCACCCCCGGGAUUUAAACCUGACUUCACAGGCAAUUUUGGUGCAAACCCAGGCUACGGUUUCCACAGUGACUACACUCACGGACAACAGUACCCACGAGGCCAAGUUCCUCCUGGCACAGGCGGAGGCUUCUGGACCGGCAUGGGAACAGGAGGGGUGCUGGGAUAUCUCUUUGGCCGUCAGAGAAGCCAGCCCUACAACUAUAACCAAUCGGCUUACACUGACAGCAGACGUCCUCCUGCUGGAGACUCCACCUCUUCCUCUGGGACACGCACUGCUUCAGGUUUUGGAGGAACCAAGAGAAGAUAGAAGCUGUGGAGGUGGACAGAUGAUGGAUGGCACUGAGAAGAAUAAAAGACAAGCUCAGUGUUGGCUGGGGGAAGGUCAAACAUGAUGAAAGCACCAUGAGAAGACACUCUCUUCAUGCAGAUAUGAACUUGUCCAACAACAUAGUAACAUUUUACUUAGUUCUAUCUUCCUCUGGAGAGGUCACUAUAAUGUCAGCUACUGACAGGAAGCACUGUAUUUUUCUAUGAAUGCCUGGUUUGAGCUUCAGCGUUCUUUAAAAGAGCAUGGCAUUACUUGUAUGUGGUUUUAGAAGAUGAUCUUGCAGUUCACUGAUUUGAUCAGUAUUAUGUAGGCAAGAUGGAAUAUUUCAAUAGGAAUCCACUUUUUAAUUUAUAAAUUUUAUUCAUGUGGUCUUGUUGAGGAAAUAGCGAUCUAGGGUUUACAGAUACAUUGAGAUAUCAAUGGAAACUGUAGCACCUUUGCAUUCACAUAAAGCAAAAGGCAGAUAUGGAGAAAAUAUGCACACAAUGGAGGCAAGAAUCAUGACAAAAAAAUAAUUAGAAGUGCUAAAUCAGUAAAGGCUUAUAGGGGAAAAAAAUGUGUACAUUCAUCAUUCUUUAUUAUCUAAAUUUGCUAUUACAUGCUAGCCCUCAUACCUUUGCUUCCCUUAUCAUUUAAUUAAGUUUAAAAUGUGUUUAAAGCUUUGAAGUCUUUUAUGAAUAGGGCAUAUUUUGAGCACAUGGUGGGUGAUAUUUUGGUAACUAGCUAAUAAAAAGAGAAACCAAAAA